UUCGCUAAGGUGCGCCGUUUCGGCCUUCCGGCCUUUUAGAGAAGGGAGGGGACAGAGAGGGAGAGCGAGCACUGGUUCCCUCGUUUGGUAACGUCCUCUUCCCGCGACGCGCAGCAGCCGCCAGCAUCGCCGCCACUGUGGAGGAAGGAAGAAGGAGAGGAAGGACAAAUCAUGGAUGGAGAUUUGAGUUCCUCGUGGGACAGCGACGAUGAAUACGAGAAGUUUAUCCGAAGGAUGAACCCUCCGAGGGUUGUUGUGGAUAACGAUUCCUGCGCAAAUGCGACCGUCAUUAGGGUUGAUAGCGCAAAUAAGUAUGGGAUCCUUUUGGAAGUUGUUCAGGUCCUUAUGGACCUAAAUCUCAUCAUCACUAAAGCUUAUAUAUCCUCCGAUGGAGGAUGGUUUAUGGAUGUAUUUAAUGUGAGGGAUCGAGAUGGAAAUAAAAUCGAGAAAGAAAAGGAUCUGGAUAAAAUAAAGAAUUUCAUUCGCAAGUCCCUGGGGGAGGAUUCUUCUUUUGUACCAUCCCGGAGGAAAUCUGUAGGUUUCACACCUUCCUCCGAUCACACAUCGAUCGAGCUGACCGGGACAGAUCGUCCGGGCUUGCUAUCUGAAGUGAGUGCAGUGCUCACCGAUUUAAGGUGCAAUGUGGUGAGCGCUGAGGUGUGGACGCACAAUAGCAGAGCUGCAGCGGUCAUGCAAGUGACUGACGAGGAGACAGGUUCAGCUAUUACAGACCCUGAAAAGCUUUCCAGAAUUAAGGAACUCCUUUGCAAUGUGCUCAAAGGGAACAAUAGAAGUAGGGAAGCCAAGACAACGGUUUCUGUGGGUGUGACACAGACAGAACGAAGGCUCCAUCAGUUGAUGUUUGAUGAUAGGGAUUAUGAAAGAUCUGAUGAAGAUAGUAGGAACGAGCAUCACCGGCCAAAGGUUACUGUUGUUAAUUGGUUUGACAAGGACUAUUCUGUGGUUACAGUACGCUGUAAGGAUAGGCCAAAGCUUCUCUUCGAUACAGUUUGCACUUUGACAGAUAUGCAGUAUGUGGUUUUCCAUGGAAAUGUGGAUGCAGAGGGCCCAGAAGCUUAUCAGGAGUACUGUAUCAGGCACGUGGAUGGGUCCCCGGUAAACUCAGAAGCUGAGAGACAGCGAGUAAUCCAGUGCCUUGAAGCAGCCAUAGAGAGAAGAGUAUCCGAAGGUCUGAAAUUGGAGUUGUGUACAAGUGAUCGAAUGGGUUUGUUAACUGACGUCACAAGAAUAUUCCGUGAGAAUGGCCUGUCCGUCACAAGAGCAGAAGUGACCACAAGAAGUGGUAAAGCCAUCAACACAUUUUAUGUCCGUGAUGCUGCCGGAAACCCAGUUGACCCAAAGACAUUGGAUGACAUACGGGCAGAGAUAGGCCAGACAGUGCUCCAAGUAAGAGGCCAUGCCGAUCACCUUAAAUCUCCACAAGGGUCUCCAACUCGAUUUCUGUUUGGCGGUUUAUUCAAGUCUAGAUCUCUUUACAAUCUUGGAUUAAUCAGGCCUUACACAUAGGUUUCUUUGGAUCAGCCAUGUACAUAAUUGUUUGCCAGUGUUCCGACUCCCAGACGCCUUGACAAAGUUACAGAAAACACUGGAAAGUGAAGCAUGCUUGUAAACAUUUGAAGAGUAUUGGCUGCUACCGAAGAUGGCAGGAAAGUGGAUUUGAAUCAUGUGUUGUAAACAUGCUAGGAACCAUGAAAAAAAAGCCUAGGAAAUCCAUAUGAUGUACAUACAAAUGUGAAUAUCAUUUCACAUUCACAGUUCAUUCUUA